AUGACCAACACACAGCCCCGCAAAGAGAUCUCCUCAGAUUUCCUUUCUCAAUAUGAGCACAUCUGCGCGCUCCAGGGUUUGGUGCCUCUCCCCGCCGUGAGGACCAGUCUGAAGAUGGGGACGCUGGGCUUCAAUGCGGAUCGUCUCCGCCUACUGGACUGGGUGCCUUUGCUGAGUGCCCUGAGGAUCAACAAAACUCUGCCCUGCGUUUCAAUCAGGAGCACGUUUCAGCCAUCUUUGCAAGACACUGUGGCUGAGAAGCAUAAAUCCUACGCGAGAAGGCGCAUCCCUGCCGUCACGACUAAAGAAGUGACUAUCCAGUUGUGUAAAGCUAUAAAAGGAUGCUUAACCAUAUCUACCGCUCUGACCAACCUUGAGUUUCAGGGAAUCCUUUUAAGAGGGCGAGAUAUAAUGUUCUUAGCAAAGGGACUGAAUAAAUCAACGUCCCUGAUACACCUCUCUCUGGCGUUUUGUCCAAUUGGAGAUGUAGGUUUAGACAUUCUCUGUCAAAAUAUAAAGACCCUAACUACCCUUAAGACUGUAAACUUCACUGCGUGCAAUCUUACUUGGCGGGCAGCAAAACAUAUGUCCGGCGUCUUAAAAUACCAGGCAAUAAAAAGGCAUGAGGAAGUUUGGACCGCCAAUCUUCGCAACAGGAAUCCCGAUCUGGAGGGCAUGGGUGGCUUGAAGAGAGUCACUUUCAAUUCCAACCCGCUUGUAGGCGAUCAAGGUGCACAUGCUUUUGCAGACUCCAUUUGUGACAAUUUAUGGCUGAGAGCCCUCGACCUGCAGCUGUGUGGAAUUAGCAGUGGGGGUGCUAAGGCUUUACUAGAUAGUCUGGAAUCCAAUUCAACUAUGGUGAUUCUGGAUAUAAGAAAAAAUCCACUCGUUGACCAUACUUUGACGAGAGCAAUUAUCGAAAAACUUAUCCAUAAUGGAAAGAGUACAAAAUCAGAAUAUAAGUGGUUAAGUUCUUCCUCCUUAAAGGACUUUUUCCGAAGCAAACAGAAAAGAAGAACUAUAAUUCUGGGAAGUGGCCGAAAAGGAAAAGCUACUAUAAGAAUUGGCAUACCAUCCAAGAAAUCCGUAGUGACUGGAAGAAGAUAUGUACCAUCGAAAGAAUUUUUUGCCCCAGAUCCCUUACCAUCCGGUGUACCUUGGCGUACAGCAGAGCGGGCAAAGAGGUACAGGAGCUUCCCACUGAUCAAAAGCAGAGAUAUACCUUGUUGA